GUUGUAGGAUGAGGAUGGCCGCUGUGGAAGUGGGCAAAACAACGGGGAGCCACGAGUGCGGAGGAUGCGGGAAGCGAAUAAACGACCGGUAUCUGCUCAAGGCCGUGGACCUGUACUGGCACGAGGACUGCCUCAAGUGCGGCUGCUGCGACUGCCGUCUGGGCGAGGUCGGGUCCACGCUCUACAAGAAGGCCAACCUCCUGCUCUGCAAGAGGGACUACCUAAGACUAUUUGGCACCACGGGUCACUGUGCCGCCUGCAACAAGGUCAUCCCCGCCUUUGAGAUGGUGAUGAGAGCCAAGACGAAUGUAUACCAUCUCGAGUGUUUCGCUUGUCAACAGUGCAACCACAGAUUCUGCGUGGGCGACCGCUUUUACCUCUGCGACAACAAAAUCCUCUGCGAAUACGACUAUGAGGAGAGGAUGGUGUUCGCCAACAUGUCCUAUUCGUCAGACUCGCUCGCACACAUCAAGCGACAAGUUAGUGACCUGCAGCAGCCCCCGGAGGAAUCCAACAUGGCUCAACGAGGCGCCGCUCCCCCCCUCGGCCCCACCCCCCACCAGCAGCAACAGCAACAGCAGCAGCAGCAGCAGCAGCAUCAACACCCGCAUCAGCAUCAGCAGCAGAUGAUGAUGAACGGCCUGGGUCUGGGCGGCGGAGGGCCGGGCACGUCGGGCCUCCACCUCCCCGGGGGCGUGAGCGAUCGCGGCCUGGGAGACCACCACCACCUGGGCGAGGGCGGCGGGGGGCGGGAGCGGCCUGAAGGCGCCCCCGCCACCUCCGCGCCCGCGCAGCCCAACAGCUCCAACCACGCGGUGGCCGCCGACGACGCCUCCAGCGGCUACGGCAGUCCCGACUCGCUGACCAUGGAGGACCGAUGAGACGCGGCCGGGAGGGGGCGAAAGAGGCGGCGUACA